UUUUUUGGAAGUUUGGACACAGUUUUGACAUCAUCAUCAUCAUCAUCAUCAUCAGUCCUUCAUGUAGAGUUAUACAUAUUGACUUCAGUGUUUCUGUUCGUGAUGAAGUUAAAAAUGUCUGCUGACCUCUGUAUUUAUCAGUCUUAUUGUGAAGGGGCAGACAGGAAGCAGUGCGCUGUGCUUUCUGCAGCUUGACUCUGACCUGAGCUGCGGGUGAAGAUGAUGAAGGCUUCGUUGUGUUUGUCGUCGAUUUAAAAUCAUCUGAACAAGAGAAACAUUCAGCUGCUGCUUCAGGUGUGCAGGUGUGCAGCAUGUUGGCCAGGAAGGGUCUCCUGCCGGACGGCUUCCUGCUGACCCGCCUGGCGGAGGACCAGAACCAGCCGAACCGCAGCCGAUCCAGAUCCCAGAGAGCCCGCUUCAUCACCAAGAGCGGAUCCUGCAACGUGGCUCACAAGAACAUCAGGGAGCAGGGUCGCUUCCUGCAGGAUGUCUUCACCACCAUGGUGGACCUGAAGUGGCAGCACUCCCUCCUCAUCUUCACCUCGGCCUUCCUCUGCUCCUGGAUGCUGUUCGCUAUGAUCUGGUGGCUCCUGGCCUUCGCUCACGGAGACCUGGAAUCUCGGAACCCCGAUGAAGAGCCGGGCCCCGUCCCCUGCGUCACCGCCAUCCACUCCUUCACCUCCGCCUUCCUCUUCUCCAUCGAGGUCCAGGUGACCAUCGGUUUUGGCGGCCGGAUGGUGACGGAGGAGUGUCCUCUGGCCAUCACCGUGUUGAUCAUCCAGAACAUUCUGGGCCUGAUCAUCAACGCCGUGAUGCUCGGCUGCGUCUUCAUGAAGACGGCGCAGGCCAACCGGCGAGCAGAGACGCUCAUCUUCUCCAGAAACGCCGUCAUCGCGCCUCGAAACGGCCGGCCAACCUUCAUGUUCAGGGUGGGAGACCUGAGGAAGAGUAUGAUCAUCUCUGCUACCGUCCAGCUGCAGGUGAUCCGGCGGACGGUGACGGUGGAGGGCGAGGUGAUCCCGGUGUGUCAGCUGGACAUCCAGGUGGAAAACCCUCUGAGGAGUAACGGCAUCUUCCUGGUUUCUCCUCUGAUCGUCAGCCACACCAUGGAGAGGGGGAGUCCUCUGUACGAGCUGUCCGCCCAUUCGCUGGCCUCCGAGGACCUGGAGAUCAUCGUCAUCCUGGAAGGCGUGGUGGAAACGACGGGGAUCAGCAUGCAGGCUCGGACCUCCUACACUCCCGAGGAGAUCCUGUGGGGGCGGCGCUUCGUCUCCAUCAUCACAGAGGAGGACGGCCGCUACUGCGUCGACUACUCAAAGUUUGGCAACACGGUUCCGGUCCGGAUGCCGUCUCUCAGCGCCAAGGAGCUGGACCAGACCCGCGGCGUCCAGGAGGGCGGGUCCGACGCCCACCUGCAGGGCUGGGGGUUGGUCCGAGCCGGCAGAGGAGGCUUCCGUAGAGGAGGACGGACCUGCGACGGCGCCACUUCUCAGCCCUGGUACGCCCAAUCAGAGAAGCCGGACAAAGAGGCAGAGCAGAAAGGGCAGAAGAAGAACGUGCAGCUGGAAGUGAUUGGACGACAGAUCGAGGACGACGGACUCGGAGACAUGAGUGACUGAAUACCUGGAAAUAUUUCAGUAUCAACGUCCCCUGAUGUUACGUUCCUUUGUCUGGUCACAUCAUACACAAUAUCACAGCAACAUAAACUCAGUGUUUAUAUAAAUUAUUAUAUUGUAUAUACGUCACAUAAACCCAGUGUAUAUA